GAGUCGUCCUGCUGCUGCUCAUCCAUCUCCUCCUCCACUCGGAGACUGUCCCGUCCCGUGUCCUCCGCUCAUCGCCCUGCCCUGCGGGCUGCGUCUGCUCCGGGCUCGUCCCUCGGCGGCAUGGAGCUGAGCAGAGGCAUUGUCUCUGCCCCGCUCCGGCCGGUUUACUCCCGCCACGGCCGCUGCGGUCCUCUCUCCGGAGCGUUCUCUCCGCCGCCGUCGUCUUCUACCAUGGAAGUGCGCCGGCGCUGCAUCAGCAGGGCGCUCCGGCCGCCGCAGCAGGAGUGGGUGGAGGGCUGGGUCCGGCGCAACGACACGCUCGUCCGCGGCCUGCCCAUUCUAGUCGGUGGCGCAUCCCUCGUCGCUGUACUCCUCAACCGCGCUGUUUCUGGAAUCGCCGCUGUCGCUGACGCCUCCAGUUCGCAGUCGAGGGCCGACAUAUUGACGCUUGCUCUCUCCGUGACUGACAUUCUUGCCGGCCUCGUUUGGUUAUCCAUCCGUCCGAAAUCCAUUUCUCCGGUGGUUCCUAGAGGUGUUGAGUGUAAACGACUUAAUCCGGGUGUGUCAACUUCUGCUCUCCAUGAACUUCUUUGGACAUGGGAUUCCCUCACUACUGCAACUUGUUGCAAAUCAUUGGUUAUUGUGUAUGGAGGUAAUUGCGUUCUUCAAAUCGGGGUUGCUGCAGGAUCUCCAGAAGAUGGUAAUGCCCUUAAUGUGGAUGCACAAAAGUUCAUCCAAGGCACUCUUUACAAAAGUGCCAUGGAAUCCAAGAAGCAAUCAUAUCUGGCAAAUCUUGCUCUGUAUCCUGGGAGGUCUGAAUUGCCGUUCUUGCCUGCUAACACACAGGCACUGAUAUUGCAGCCAAUUGGUGAUAAAGGGAUUGCAAUUGUUGGUGGCGACACUAUAAGAGGUUUCACUAAUAUUGAUCAGGCUUGGAUCGCAAUGAUCGCAGACAAGCUGGGUGCCACAUUGUCUAAGUCUUAAAACGCUGGACUACUUAUUUGAUGUUGGUUCGCCAUCUCCUGUCUCCUGCAACUAGUGAGCGCAUCAUCGUCCUCAUGUGUACGCUGAACCAGAGCCUGCAAAUCCAAACCCUCAUAGUCGUGCAACUGUCAACAGUGGAUGUCUGGGUACUGGCGAAUUGCUGAGACCAUCCUGUUCUAUUGGAUUUCGGCCGUUUAGCCAUCAGGUCCAGCAGAGUUUGAUCACAACACUAGUAACCGAUUCUCAAAAGCAGAUGGUUAUCUGAAGCCUGAAUGUCUACACAGCCACAGUACAUGGCUUCAAUACCUUUUUUUUAGUAUGUACAACCAAAUAUGAAAACGGAUAGUACUGUUACAGUAAAUAUGAGUAAAUCAUGCAUAGCACGCGUGAUAA